AGGGUGAAUUCUGGAUUCAGUCAUCCACCUAUCAGCAGCAUCAGCAACAGGGAGCCAUGGCGGAGGUGGUCACCCUCAGAAACGGCCACAGCGUGCCCGUCAUCGGCAUCGGCGUGUCGUGGUUGGAGCCCCAGUCCAUCCGAGACCUCAUCCUCUCCGCGCUCAACAUUGGCUAUCGCCAUUUCGAUUGCGCCGCUAAUUACCACAUUGAAGCUGAGGUUGGCGAAGCACUCGCAGAGGCUUUUCUCACAGGACUCGUCAAAAGAGAAGAAGUUUUCAUCACCACCAAGCUAUGGAAUUCAGAUCACGGGCAUGUGCUUGAUGCCUGCAAGGACAGCUUGAAGAAACUCAAUCUACAAUAUCUUGAUCUUUACCUUGUUCACUUUCCAGUAGCUACAAGGCAUACUGGGAUUGGAACAUCAGCUAGUGCUUUUGGAGAUGAUGGUGUUCUAGACAUAGAUACAACCAUCUCCCUUGAGACCACUUGGCAUGCGAUGGAAGAGCUUGUUAACUUAGGGCUUGUCAGGAGCAUUGGGAUCAGCAACUACGACAUAUUUCUCACUAGAGACUGCUUGGCAUACUCUAAAAUCAAGCCUUCAGUGAUCCAAAUAGAGAUUCACCCAUAUUUUCAACGGGAAUCUCUCAUCGACUUUUGCCAGAAGCAUGGAAUCUGUGUAACUGCUCAUACACCUCUCAGUGGUGGUACUGCUAACACCCAACGUUUUGGCACCAUGUCCUGCCUUGACGAUCCGGUCAUAAAGUCCUUGGCUGAGAAAUACAACAAGACAGCUUCUCAGCUUAUUCUCAAGUGGGGGAUCCAGAGGAACACUGUUGUUAUACCAAAGACUUCGAAGAUCGAAAGGCUGCAUGAGAAUUUCAAAGUGUUUGAUUUCACAAUACAUGAUGAAGACAUGAAAAAGAUGAAAGAUAUCGAUCGGAAGUACAGAACUAAUCAGCCAGCCAAAUUUUGGGGGAUUGAUCUCUAUGCUUGAACUCAUCUAUCAAGAGUUCUCACUACACUAAUAGAAUAGUUAGUUUUUCCUUAUCUAUGAUGCUGCUUGUUGUUGUUUUGUUUUUUUUUUCGAAAAAAAAUGAUACGAGUAUAUGAGUGAGCAAACUACUUGACUAAGUGAUACAAUAACUUAUGAUUCUUCUUGAAAUUGGGUUGCUGUUUGUGAUGAUGAUCUAUUUUUGCAUAGCACUUGAUCUGACUUCGUAUCUCUCUUGUCAUGAAACCCCCCAACUGGGCCUCUUGAUAUUGGUCUAUGAGUUUG